CAGUCAAGUGUAGCUCCAGGACAAGGACAGACAGCUCUCUGUGCGCACAAGAGUGUGUGAGGCUGCACCCAUGCUUCUAACUCUGCUCUCCGGGGAAGAAGGACGUGAGGAAAGAAGCUGUGGGCCAGGGAAUAUCUGAGAUAUUGUCUAAACAUCUCCACUUCCAAUGGUCUGGGGAAGAAAUUUUCUAUAGACUCUGCCAGCCUCUGUUGGGCAGUCCCACAGCCCAGGAGGAAGCAGGCACCUGCCAGUCAAUCUCUGACUGCCUCUUUGGGCAACAGCAUCGGGUAACAGGAAGUCCCUGGCCAGCCUCUGAGCAGAGCCCAGCAAGUUUGGCUGUGAAGAUGGAACUGGGUGGGAGCUCCUCAUCUCCCCAAGAAGCCGUUGCCCCUCUUGGAGUACUAGGUGCUGGGCCCAAAAGCUCCUCACUGGAGAAGCUUAAAGUACUUCCCAUUGGGCCAGGUGCCCACCAAGGGGCUCCUGGCAGCCCAGCUUCAGCAGGGGACAGCUACUUGGGGGAGCCAAGUGGUGCCAUGAAGAUCCCCAACAGGGACAGUGGGAUAGACAGUCCAUCCUCCAGCGUGGCCAGUGAGAACUUCCCCUGUGAAGAGGGCAGUGAGGGCUCCCCAGGCCCAGCCAUAUUGAGGCUACACCCUGAAACAGCUGUGGACAGCCAAGUCCCACAAGAUACCACAGCGCAGGAGGAGAAAGAUAAUGGCCUGGGUGAGGACCCUGACCCUAAGAUCACCCCUUCCAGGCCAGAGGAGAAUGUCGGCUUGACUCAGUGCUCUGACCCACAGAAGCUGCUGCACAUUGCCCAGGAGCUCCUGCACACGGAGGAAGCCUACGUGAGGCGGUUGCACUUGCUGGACCAGGUUUUCUGCACCAAGAUGACGGAAGCAGGGAUCCCUCCAGAAGUGACCACUGGCAUUUUCUCCAACAUCUCCUCCAUCUACCGCUUCCAUGGGCAGUUCCUCCUGCCUGAGUUGCAGAAGAGGAUCACGGAGGAAUGGGACACAAACCCUCGGCUCGGAGACAUCCUGCAGAAACUGGCUCCGUUCCUGAAGAUGUAUGGCGAGUAUGUCAAGAACUUUGACAGGGCAAUGGGGCUGGUGAGCACAUGGACCCAGCGUUCUCCGCAGUUUAGUGAAGUCGUCCACAGCAUCCAGAAGCAGGAGGUGUGUGGGAACUUGACACUGCAGCAUCACAUGCUGGAGCCUGUGCAGAGAAUCCCCCGCUACGAGCUGCUGCUCAAAGACUACCUAAAGAGGCUCCCCAGGGAUGCCCCGGACCGGAAGGAUGCUGAGAGGUCUCUGGAGCUCAUCUCCACAGCUGCCGACCACUCCAACGCUGCCAUCAGGAAGAUGGAGAAAAUGCACAAGCUCCUGGAGGUGUACGAGCAGCUGGGUGGGGAAGAGGACAUCGUCAACCCAGCCAAUGAGCUGAUCAAGGAGGGCAACAUCCAGAAACUGUCGGCCAAGAACGGCACCGCUCAGGACCGACACCUCUUCUUGGUGAGCCAGGCUGCCAUCCCAGCCACAGAACUCCCCAUCUGCCUUCUCAGACGCUGGGCAGUACUAGCAAGACUCAGAAGCCCAAGGAGGAGGUUCUUCCAUGCACCAUCUGAGGGACAUAGUCAAGGAUCUUCUAAGAUUUUUAUCCCUCCCACGGAGGUGCGGCUGUGUCGGAGGGGAAAGACUUGGCCAGGGCUGCCGGGGGACAAUGGCUCAAGGAGUCCUGAUGGACAGGUGCAAGAUAUUGCAAAACCAAAUGCAGCACGCACAUUCAUCAUAACAGGAAGAAAAAGGUCCCUGGAGCUUCAGACUCGGACAGAAGAAGAGAAGAAAGAAUGGAUUCAGGUUAUUCAGGCCACCGUGGAGAAGCAUAAACAGAAGAGCGAGACCUUCAGGGCCUUCAGCAGUGCCUGUAGCCAGGAUGAAGAGCCCGGCCUGUCUCCAGACCAGCCUAUCACGAGUGCCAGCUCCGUGGAAACUACAGGGGUAGCUGACAGUAAUGGGGGUCCUUCUGGGACUGAGUCCAGAAAGUUGUCCUCUAAAACAAGACGUGACAAAGAGAAGCCUGGAUGCAAGAGCUGUGGUGAGACCUUCAACUCCAUCACCAAGCGGAAGCAUCGCUGCAAGCUGUGUGGAGAGGUCAUCUGUCGAAAGUGCUCAGAGUUCAAGGCUGAGAACAGUAAGCAGAACCGUGUCUGCCGAGAGUGUUUCCUGGAAGAGCCCUUGGUCCCUGCGAACCCUAAUUCUGAGACUCCCACUGAGCUCAAAGAGAGUGCAGAGAAGCCUCCAUCUGUGCAUCCUCGGCUCUGCAGCACCCUGCGUCUGUCCGACAAUGGGACAGCCUGGAGUGACGUGUGGGCAGACAUCCGUGAGUCAGAUCCCCAGGUGCUGGACCUGCUGGAAGGCAGCCAGGCUGGCAGACUGCUGUAUUCCAUCUCUCUCUCUGGCUGUACUAUAACGGUGCCCGACCCUCAGGAGGGGCUGGAGACAGGAUGUGUGUGGAAGCUACAUCAGGGUCCACGGACCUGGUGGCUGAGCGCCCCCUCCGCAAAGCUGCGGCAGAGUUGGCUGGAAGCUCUGGGCACUGCUGCCUGUGGGGACACAACCGGAGACAGACCUGGUGCCGCGCAGCCCCAAGCCUCAGCAAGCACUGACACUCCAUGAGCAGAGCCUCCUGCUGGCCUUUCCACUAUUCUGCUAGCCUGUGUUCUUUUUGAGUGACUGUAGAUGUCACAUGAAGCAAUUAAGAACUCCUGGGACCACCGAGGAUGGACUGAUGGCCCAGAGAAGCGUAGCAGUGGGCCCAAGAUCACGCAACAGGUCUUAGACAAGAGUUAGGCUUCUGGCUCCCGCCCCAGCAUUGUGGUCAGAGCAGGGGAGAACAGCCACUACCAACUAUCAAAUGUCAUCUGAGUGGACUGGAUGAUAAUACCAGCCCUCAAAAGGCACAAGGAGAUCAGGUGGGCACUGCCCAGGGGUGAGCAUGUCUAACCUGGUGUGAUGUCACUCUAGGAAAGGCAGAGAUGUCUGUAACCUGGCCUGACUUUUGUCCAUCUAUCCGCUGUGUGAGCUGGACCAUGACCUGGGCUCCACUCCUCUGGGCUCCACUUCCACACCCCGUCCUCUCCUGAAGCAUUGCUCAUCUACCGUUUCUGCCGAGCCCUUGAAGGGGAAGGAGCAAGGGCCUUCUCAUCCUACCAUUCCCAAACAGCCACACUCAGAGACUGUGGGGAGGCAGGCCCUCAGCCCUGUGUGGCAGGUUUAUGGGAUUUCAGACUGGUCUCUCUGUGGGCAGGUGGCCAUGCUUGUCAGUAUAAAUAAAUGCUGGCUGUCAGCCUAGGGACCUUCAAAUCCACUCUUAACAGAAUUCCCCUCAAGGCAGGUGACUGGCAGAGGGAUGAUGGGUGCAGGAGACAAAAUGGCACGGAUCACACACUUGUCUGGGAGAGUGGUUCUGUAUCCCAGAUGCUGUAGGGAGUGGGUGAGCAGCUAAGCCAUAUGUCAGGAUGGGGGUGCUGGCAGUCAAGAUGUGGGGAUGUGACAAAGGUCAUGGGACUCAGGGUGUUGUCUCUUGAGGAGCAGGAAAUUCAGAAAACAAUGACGGGGUUUUUGGUCCUUCAGGAUUCCAGCCCUCUAGUAUCAGCACAGCCCUGUGCAGAGAGGACUGGGCAGGCAGAAGGGCAAUCACCUGGUGGGCGAGGGGAUAAUAGGUGCUGGUUCUAGGUAGCAUUGGGAAGCACAGAUGAGGUGGGGCCUCAAGUGAGAUGGGGCCCCGGGUAAGGUAGGAUGGGGUAAAAGUAAAGCAGGCUGGAGCAGAAGUGAUGUGGAAGGGGCAGAGGCUAGGUGGGCAGAAUACAGGGGUGCAGGCGAGGGUCAGAACCCAGCUGAGUCUAUGCAAGAGGCAGCUGGGCCGGGCAUGGGCUGCCUGAGGAUUGCUGCAAACACCUGAUCCUUUGCCUUGGACUCGCCAUGCUGAGCUGAAACAGCAAAGCAGACAGCACACUUCCACACUGGGAGGAAUGAGGCUACUCAAGGCAGUGAAGUCCUUUGUCACCCAGUUCUGGAUGGGGCAGUGGUGAAGGUGGCCCAGGCAAAACAACAAAGGAAGGAGGCACCUUCCUUGGCUGGGCACACUGCAUGGCAGAUGCACCAGACAGACACAAGCCUUCAGUCUCUUGCCAUCCUCUGCUGCUUCCUCCUGCUCGUAGAAGUUCUGGCCUUUGCAUUUCAAGGAUGCCAAGUGCCCAUCCCCUGAAGAAGCAGAGCUUGAGGAGGAUGCCUCUGUGUUUCCUGCCCCCAGGGUGUGGACUCGUCAGCUUGCAGUUUGGGGGCCCCUUGUUGCCCUGAGAAGAUAUUAGACAAGAGCACCUUACAGAAGAAAAGAUUUCUUUGGCUUGCAGUUUGAGGCUACAGUUCGUCAUGCUGAGGAAAACAUGGUAGCAGCAGUGUGGACCGCAUUCCGUCCACAGUCAGAGAGCAGGGCUCCCCCCACUUUCUCCUCUUUAUUCAUCCCAGGCCGCUAAGCCAGGGAAUGUUGCUGUUCACAUGCAGGGUCUGUUUUCUCUUCUCAAUUAAACCUUUCUGGAAACACUCUAAUGACGUAGCCCAAAUGUUGUCAUCUUAGUAUUCUGAAUCCUACUAGGUUGACAACACCAACCAUCACAAGUCCACCCCUUGUCUAGUGCAUCGCUUUUAAACCUCAGUAUUCCACCCUCGGAGCCUCCUGCUCGUUUUCAUAAAGGAUUUGCAAACUCUUCCCAAUUCCAAAUUUUCCCCAAGGUAUAAUAAGCACAAAGUUUCUGCUG